CGAAUGAGUGCUCGUUCGUGGCCGAACUUAUUAUCACAAGCAGUGCAGCUGCAGCCCUCCCAAUUGUCUUUGUCCUUUUCAUCGUAUGGUGCUCUUUCACUGACCCGGAAUUUCUUCUUUUCUUUUGUAAGAUUUUUAUUCGGUCUACUACUACUUCACUAGGAAAUAAAGCAGUUGAAGCCAGAGAAAAAGAAAACCUUUCUCGUCACCAUGGCGUACGUGGCGUCAUGGAAGGCCCCGUUGGGGUCCAUCAUGGGCUCGCAGAAUAUGGAGCAGGAGUUGCGGAUCGGAAAACAAUCAGCUUCAGGAAUGAACGCAGUGUUUGAAAUGCGGUUUGCACUCAAAAUUUGCAUGACUUCGCGCAAGGAAUUGCGACCCUUCUGGGGAGGGGAGUCGCAAAAGAAUAAGAAAACUAUUCUCGGUUGUCCGGUUGUACUUAUUUUCUGCAUUUAUUUUUUGGCCGCGUUUUGAUUCCUGGGGUACUGUUUUCCACUCGAUAGGAGCCCAGAAAUGCGGAAAACAUCAACGAAACAUUUCGAAAAAACGAGACGGAAGGUAUACUCUUGUUUUGACAGAAAUUAUUUUUCUCCAUAGCGAUCUCUACUGAGUAUUAUGCCAGUGUAGUCGUGCAAAUAUUGGUCGUGAACAGUUUUGAGGCAGAGGUGCGAAAGCCGCCACCCAGUAUCUUUUCGAACACCAAGGAGUUUGCAAAGUCAGAGAAACCACAAUCCUCCAGGUUAUUUCAAGCCACCAUUUUGCCAAUGGCCCUUUGGAGGAACGAGCAAGAAGGAGACCAAGCAAAGAAUAAAAUCAGGGGAGCCAGUGGUAUAGACACAGCAAGUGUUAUUCUUUCGAGUUCUAGUACUUCGGCCGUGAUGUAGUUGCAACCACAUGAAGUACAAGUUGCAAACAAACAUGGUUCUACAUCACAGGUAAAAGCGGGCAGUUACGAAUACGAGCCAACGGCAAACGACUACUACUUUGGGAUGGGAAAAUUUUUAUCAUACAGAAAAUUAUUGCUAGUGAAGCCUGUAUUUGAUCAUAGAUGUUUUCACGUCGCACAAUGAAAAAGCCAGCAACGUGAAAGAACGAGCAAGGUAGAAUCGGGCAUAUGAUGCAGACAACAGAACGUCACGAUCUCCCGAUCCCGGUACAUAUUUGGAUACGGCGCCGGACGGGUUUAAGUUUAUACUUACUUGCAUCCAUUGGCAUUCGGGAUUUUGACUGUGCAAUACAUAGACAGCCGCUUCUAUGCUAGCACAUUUCUGUACGAUACGCAACCCGACCGAAAGACGAAGACGAAAUGUCGAUCCGCACCGAGUCCACGACACUCUACAUGCAGAGCAAUCUCUGUACGAAUUUACUUUCAACACAUUUUGAUGGAGUUUAUUGGCGUCGUAGUACCAAGCUGAGGAUAAAUGAAUAUUGACGUUUUUUUUGCUUUUUUUUUUUUACGAGGACGAGUCUAAACGUCAUCGUCAUUCCCUCCAUGCAAUAAAUGCAAAGGUACAAGAACGUUCGGACCCAACAAGAAGCCAAAUGCACUUCCGGGCGUCGUUAGCAGGCCAAAAUUCGAGAAGAGGCCCUUCAUCAAGCCAUACAUUGUCCCGGACUCGAUGAAGAACGUAUUUUUUGUUGUCUUUUGAUGCUAUUGCGUUUGUCCUGUUUCUUUUUCAAGAGCUCGAUAGUAACUCUAACAAACUGCAACGUGCUUGUUCUCGCGUUUUCUUGUGACAUGCGGGGCAUGAACAAAAAUAAAAAAGAAAAAACAGUACGACGCAAAAAUCGACAUCUUCGACAACGUGCAACACGAUGGUGUGCGAUCACCAAUGGCACCAAAGUAUCGUCUAUAGUUUUUCACUAUCUUUUGUUCGUAGCUGAUGAUACCUUCACAGGUCAUCAAACAUUUUAGAUGAUAUCGUUCGUGUGAGGACAUAGUAGGUAUUGAAUCGACUCCAAUUUAUUACUGUGAAACGAAACAAUUUUUCAGGGCCGACCAGGAAUUUCUGCCGCUGGAAAAGAACACGGCAAUUUUCAUUAGCAAGGCGGGGCACUCAGAAGAAAUGAAGCCGGCCGUGGGCAACCCAUAUGGUCCGGAGUUCUCGCCGCCACAGCCACUUCGGUCCGGGAAGAGGGGGCUCCCACGAUCAUACGCAGUCGGAGCGGUAUUACGGAAUUCUUGUUUAUUUCAAAAAGUCGAAAUGAUGGAUUUCGAUUUUUUCGAAGUUGUACGCAUGGAGGUUCGACUAUUCUUCUGAAGAACGUACUUUUUUUCGAUUGGCAAUUUGGAUCCGCAAUAAUACAGGUCCCGCGCGUAUCGGACAGCAUGCCCGCGGAGAAGGAGCCAGUGUGGCGACAGAAUGAUUCGCGUGUGCUGAUCAGUCCCCGCACGUACCUCAACGCAACGGAGAAGGUCACGAAGAAAAACAAGUACCUGGAAGACCGGUUGUUCGAACCGAAUGGAGACCUGGUGCUGACGUACGAAAACUAGAAAUGCACCCGGUGCAUUUCGAAACUUUAGUAAAAAAAGCUUCUUUACUUCUGUAAAUGUAAAACUUUCAACAGCAAACGUAAGAACUGCAAGCAAUGCAAAAAUGUCUUAGGAUUUCAACGAAUUUGGCAAGGAUAAUCCAGAAAAUUAUAUGUUUCAAACCGAUUCAGAUCAUCUGAUGACACAAAUAUAGCAAACUAGUUUAUUCUAAUUCGAACGUAUCUCGUUGUAGCUUUCAUCAGACGCACGGUUUUAGAGGUACACGAUGCAGCAUCAGGUUCGCGCUGCAUGCGCUUGCAACAAUCCUUGCAAGCGAAAGAGGAUCUUGUAUGAUUAGGUGUCGUCGUCUUCGUGUAGAAUAGUUUUCGAAACUAGAUGCACGACGACCACGCCCAAGCAGGUUUACAGUACCCGUAUUACACUAUCCCAGUUAGCACCAAUAGCGGGAAAGCAAGUCGGAGUUGUGAGCAGUCCCCUGUAAGCAAGCGCCGACUCGGAAUUUUCUGUAGAUAUAUGUUUGUGAGAACUACUGCACUCUUUCUCCGAAAGAAGUUCUAGAGAAGAAAACUAUGGCUUACACUGUACACCACGGUAGGGACUAAUGGAGGAAAAACAAUUUCGGAGGACAAUAAGGUAGAACUUCGAGAGCUUCUUGCGCAGGUUCUCUGUCUGCGCACCCUAAAAAAAGAAUUCUUCCGAUCCCGAAU